CAUGUCUGCGGUUUCUAUUAAGUCAGGCAAGUACAGUCAAUUCACUGAAAAUGGCCGUAAAGAGUGCGUGGGUGGGGGGCGAAAUUUAAACGCUGUCAGCUGUCAUUUUCUUUGAUACCAAAGUAAUUAAAGGUCCAGUUAGAAGAUAACAAUAUUAGGAUAAUUUAAUAUGGUACUUUUAGAAGCCCAAAAUGUCAUUUGAGAGAAAUGGAAUAAAGCUUGAGAGAAAAGUAAUGAUUUGGAACUUUCAUGUAAAUUCACAAAAUAGAAAACUUCAUGUGAAAAAAAACAAUUAAAACAACAGAGAAGUCCUUUUAACAGUUUUGAUACAAAAUGAAAGAUUUUCAUCUGUUGACAACAUCCUUGAAUCUAAUUAGACAUCAUAAUUUUGGAACCUCCACAUAAAAUGAUGGGACACCAAGACCCAAGCUCCAAGGAGCAACAAUCCAUAGAGCAGUUGGCUUACAUUGAAGAACAAGCAACAGGAGCAGGCUGUCACCAGCAGCAGCAGCAACACCAACAGCAGCAACACCAGCAGCAGCAUCAUGUUGCUUGGCCAGCUGAACAAGAGACACGGCUACUGGAAGGACAUCUUAGAGAAGCUAAUCCAACAUUUUGGCUACAUCCAGCAGGAUCUCAUCCCAAACCUCUAACUCCAGACCCUCGCGAGGUGACUCCACAUUCGCCCAGAAAACGUGAAAUGGUAGCCCCAAGAUUACAGCAUCCAACUUUUAGUGACAUUCGUGGACCAGGAGCAUCAGACAUAAAAGGAAAAGAGAGAUCAGAGUCCCUUCCUGACACUAUGGUUAUUAAAAGAGAGAAACCUCUUUUGUGGGCCAGAGAAAGUGAGGAUAGUUAUUUCGCCGAUAAGUUUUCGGACACGUCAUCUAGUAAUAUUGAAGGCAGUAGCAGUAGUCGAGAGAUGUCCCCUUUCACUGGUUACGAAGAAGGAACCCAUUCACCUAGUCUAGAGUUGCUUGUACCCCCUCCACAUACCUCUUCUGGAAAUUCUGAUAGUGAUGAAAAAGAUGUAACUAAAAUUAAAACAGAAGAGUCUUGUGAUCCUGUUGAAGACGAAAAGCCUUCGCAUCAUGCGAAGUUUAAGAAAAGAUUACAUGAAAGGUAUGUUACAAGUAUGUUGCAAGAUUGUCCUGAGCAAGCUGGUUUAACUAGGUUGUCUGACUCAUCUGUAUCUUGUGCUGCUCCUCAGUCCAGGUCACCAUCUUGGAUAAGAGAGUCGUCUUCUGAAACGGAACCAUCCAUGAGACGUCAGCCAAGUGAUUCACGUUCUGAUACACCAGAUGAUGUUUUCAUGGAACCAUCACCCCCAGCUGUUGGCACUAAGCGAUCUAAGCCCCCUUGUCUUCAACAGAAUGAACCCCUUGAUCUCUCAACAAGCCAGAGUCUGUCUCCACACCAGAUACAAGAACCCGAAUUGAGUCCCACAGCAACGAAGCAAUUUUCUCCGAUGACUUAUCGGUCACCACAUCGAAUUCCUUAUUCCCCUCAUGGACUUCUUUCCCCACAGUCGCCACUAUGUUCUGUGCCAGAAGGGGGAAGGAUUUUUACGUUUAGCAUGCCCAGUCCAUAUGAAGGACCUCACUCAGACUCUGAUCUCCUCUCUCCGAGUCCAAUGUCUCCACGCUAUUUUACUUUUCCUCCACACAGUAACAUUUUAACACCCAUGUCGGAGGUAAAUCGCUUGGCAGUCUCACCACGUGCUUUGUAUCCAACUAGUCCAUUACAGUAUACACAGUAUCGAGCUAAACAUUUCAGUCAGCGCAUUAAGGAGGAACCUAAAGCUGGAAUGUUCGAGAAACGGUCCCUAUCGGAAUCAGAUGUCACAUAUUUGUGCCCGGUUUGUGGUCAAGUGUUCCCUUCGUAUGAUAACUUGGCGAAACAUAUGGCGAAACAUUUACCAACAGAAACUAUACGUUCAGCAGACAAUAACAAAAUACAUUACUGUAAGGUUUGUAAUAGAUCGUUUUCACGUAGUGAUAUGUUGACACGACAUAUGAGGUUACAUACAGGCUUGAAACCGUAUGAAUGUGGGGACUGCGGCCAGGUUUUUAGUCGCAGUGAUCAUCUAAACACACAUAAACGUACACACACUGGCGAAAAGCCUUAUCGAUGUCCACAGUGUCCGUAUGCUGCUUGUAGACGUGAUAUGAUCACAAGACACAUGAGAACUCAUACUAAACGCUCCACGAAACGCGGACGCUUCUUGGCUGUUCCCGACACGGAGACUGAUAUACGAAAGAGUUCUGUAUCGAGUACGGAUACAACCGAUUCACAACAUUCAACACGAACUUGUUCCGCUUCCAGUAUGGAUAGCAUAGAAUCAGAGUCAGGACAACAAAAAGUUGGUCGCAAAGAUCCUGUUAAUGUUUUGGAACACUUAGGACCUAUGAUGCCUUGGACGUGUAAAAGUGACCCCUCUGAUAUUGGUGAUAUGUCAGAUGUGCAUUUACAAAAUGUGCCGUGUGAUCGUACGUUUGACCCCUUCAUGGGUUAUCGUAAAUCACGCAACUGGUCAACAACAAGCUACGAAAGUGUGGAUUCGGAGGACCAUAAUUCUCAGCGCGAUUCAUUUGCAGAUGAUGCUUUUACAGAGUCAACAGAGCCGGCGACCGCUAGCCGACCUUUGACACCAGGUUUUGAUGCGGAGAGUUUAAAGAAGUGUACUAUAAGUUCCGAUAAUACUAGUAGUAAUAUUUAGGCAAUUAUCAUUGUGUAUAUAACAGCUAUUUUAUCAUUCCUCGUUACAUAGUUUCAUAUACAUGUAGACUUACACUACAUAGAUUUUCCAUAGUUGAUUGAUCAUUUCUAUCAUUCUUGAACACAUAUGUUCUGAGAAAUACAUGUGAGACAAAGUAUUGAUAAAUCAUGGCUUCUGAUUACAUAAUACAUCAGAGAUUGUUACAUGGAAAAAUUGCAUGAUGAAAAACCGUUCGCUUCAUUUAUCUUGUUAUUAAGUUAAAUGUAUAAAAAUUCAUUACGACAUCAUAAUCGAAAUAGAGCUUUGCUGUAAUGGAAAGCCUUUCAUGACAAUUAAUUCUAUACUGGUAUCUGGAAUGGAUUUUUUAAAAUUUUCUCCCCGUUAUCUUUGUAAUAUGUUCUUCAGAAACAUACAUGUAGGUUUUUUUUUAAUUAAGAUUGGGUUAUUAAUAGUACUUGGCUCUUUGUCAGUCUGACAUACGCCUAAUUUGAUGUCUUAUCAUUUUCAAAUGUACAAAAUAAGUCUGACAUUUUUUAACAGGUCAGGUUGUUUAUGCCAGUUUUGGGUGCAAAAUAGAUACCAGGUAAACAUUUAUAUGUCCAUGAAAACUGUUUUGAUUUGGUCCAUUCUUAAGAUAUGGUUCAUAAAUGGAUAGUUUAUUAUUGGACAGUUCAUAAAUGGACAGUUCUUAAACUGAUAGUUGAGUAAUGGACAUGAACAUUUAUAAAAAAUGAACUGUUCAAUAAUAAACAAUUUAUAAAAUUAAAGUGCAAAUAAAAAAAUUAGAGUUUGCUUAAACAUAACAGUAUAUGGAAUUACUGACCAGAUAAUGUUUAUAUUUUCAGUUGUAAAAUUUCAGAAUGGUUCAAAGUUUAUGUUUUGAAAUUUGAGAUAAAUUGCAAUUUAUGUGAAAUUAUUUUUGCUGGGUGGAAGGAUUUUAAACUUUGAAUAAGCUUGAUAUUUAUGUUUACCAAUAUCAAAGUUCCUACUACAUGUAA